CAUAGUUUGGUUGAUACCCGGGGAGCUUAUAUGGUUCUCUCUUGGAUUCUUUGUGCUUACCUCGCUGCAGAAUGAAGAUCCGCUCUUUACUGAGUCAGGCUCCGCUGCUCUUCCUUGCUGUAAAGCUCCUGGCUGACGCAGUUUACUGCCAGAAACACUACAAGAACCAGCGGCGGAAAAGGGACUGGGUUAUCCCUGCAGUAAAGCUUGUGGAGAAUGUGGAUUACACUAAAUAUCCAUUCAUCACACAAAUCGGCUCAGAUGUGGGUGAUAACCUGCGUUACACUCUGAAAGGUCCUGGAGCUGACCAGCCACCCUAUAACUUAUUUGUGGUGGAUGAAAAGACAGGAAAGGUCCAGAUCACAGGAAUUCUGGACAGAGAGGAUAUUUCUUCAUAUAAACUUGUAGGUGUUGCAUGGUACAGAAAUAACACCAUUGCUGAAGAGGCCAUUAACUUACCCUUUGAAGUGGGAGACCAGAAUGACAACCCACCUGUGUUUAUGAAACCACAACCAGCCAGCGUUUAUGAAGGCAGUCCUGUAGGUACGUUUGUAACAACAGUCAAUGCUACAGAUGCAGAUUUGCCAAACUCUGCUCACACUAAGAUUGCCUUCAGCAUAAUCAAGCAGGAGCCAGACGGCAAGCAGUUCUUUUCCAUUGAUAAACACUCUGGGCAUAUCAGUGUGAAGGACUCAUCGCUGGAUAGAGAGACGCAAAACUCUUACGUUCUUACUGUAAAAGCCACUGAUAUGGAUGGAGCUCCAGACGGCAACACAGCAACGACUACAGUAAAUAUUCAUGUCCUAGACAUUAAUGACAACAUGCCCACUCUGGAGAAAGAUGAGUAUACAGUGUCUGUGGAUGAGCAUGUGGCUGAUGUGGAAGUUCUACGCAUCCAGUCCCUGGAUAAAGAUGAGGAACGGACAGACAACUGGCUCACUGUAUUUCAGCUUGUGUCAGGAAAUGAGGAUGGAUAUUUCAGUAUUAUUACAGACCCUGACACAAACGAGGGGGUGUUGUACCUCAUCAAGCCUAUUGACUUUGAGACAGUCACUAAUCUAGAUUUGGGUUUGGUUCUGGAAAACAAAGCUCCUGCAAGAGCUGCAGCAGGAAUGGGGUCUGGAUCCGGGACUAGUGCUGGAACACUAGGAGUGGGUGACACAGGAGGCAGACCAAUAAGACCUGGCAGUGGAGGAACAGGCACAAGUCUAAUAAAGCACAAGAUAUACAUGAUAAGGGUUAGUGUGAUCAAUAGGCCAGAUGGACCAAAAUACAGGCCAAGUCCUAAAGUUGUGCCUGUGUCAGAGAAAACUAAAGGCAGUUCCAUGCCAAGAGUUAUUGCUACUUACCCUGCCAUGGAUGGUGACACAGGAAAACCAGCAGAAAAAGUCAGAUAUGCUAAAGGAUAUGACCCUGCUAACUGGCUGUCCAUUGACGAAAGCACAUCUGAGAUUAAACUCAACAAGAUACCAGAUCGAGAAUCACCAUAUGUUGUCAAUGGGACCUAUUAUGCCAAGAUCCUCUGCAUAACAGAUGAUAUGCCGUCUCAGACUGCCACAGGAACCAUAGCAUUAGAGGUAGAGGACGUCAAUGACAACUGUCCUACAUUGCUCAGUACACUGCAGCGUGUGUGCAGUGAUGUCCCAGAGGUUAAUGUUGCAGCAGUGGAUGCAGAUGCUCAUCCCAAUGGUGCUCCUCUUCAGUUCCUUGUGAUUCCAGAGGAGACAACAGGAAAAUGGAACGUGAAGAUGAAAAGUGAUGAAGCGGCUGUACUGAUACCACAGGAAAGCCUGUGGCCUGGUUCCUACAAAGUCACCAUGGAAAUCAAAGAUCAACAGGGUUUGGCCUGUCCUGACAAACAAGUCCUCCAGAUAGAGGUGUGCACCUGCUCAGAGGAAGGAACGUGCAGCCACAGUCGUGCUGUUAAAACUGCUGCCACUGCUUCGUUUGGAGCCCUAGGCAUUGGUUUUCUUCUUCUAGGAGUCCUAAUCCUCCUUUUGGUACCUGUGCUCCUGCUGAGCUGUUCCUGUGGGAUGUCUAAUGGAGGAGUUGGUUUUCCACAAUACUUUAAUGACAUGCCAUUUGAUAGAAAAGAAUAUUUAAUAGCAUAUCAUACCGAAGGACCAGGGGAAGACAGGGAGGUUCCUCUGCUGAGUGCUCCACUCUUAAUCCUAUUACCUGAAGGAGAGAGAGUCCAAGCAGGCAAUGUGUCUUCAAACAUGGCUGUACACAUGAACUCACAAGCCCCUGCCACAGUUGGUGUGUUUGGUGGGUAUGAUUAUGCACAGACUGGUGCAAUGGAGAUGGCCUACAACACUUCAAGAGAUGACAACUUCCAGUAUUUAAGAGCGAGUGACAUGGCCUUGUCUGAUCAGUUUUUACAAAGAUAUUUCACACAGAAAGCAAGACAUGAAGCAGAGAAUGAACAACUAAAGGAAGCUCUGCUGUUGUGCAGUUAUGAGGGGCAGGGAUCAACUGCCAGUUCAGUGACUUGUGAUAGCCUUCUUGAAUCAUUUGAUGACCUCGAGUUUCUGGAUGAUCUGGGCCCGAAAUUUACUACCCUGGCCCAAAUCUGUGGAUUAGCCUGCCCUGAGUUAGAACUUGAGUCCAAAGCAACUUUUGAGAAAGCAAGAGAAAUUGCCUGUGAAAGAUCAGAUGUUGUGAGCUCUAGUCACACAAUGGAAACUGAAAAUGAAAUUAUUGUUGAGUCUCCACCAGCCCCGAUACUGAUGAGUGAGAAUUCAUCCAUGCAAGGCCAAAUGUUCGUGGUUCAGGAACCUUUAUACUACAUGGUCGAGCAGGUGCCCCCCACUGUUCUACUAGCAGGACAGGCCUCUGUUGAAUUAGGGCAAGGCAUGUACCUGGUCAAUGGAAUGUCAGGAGCUGAAGGGAUAAUUCUUAACCAAAGUUAUCAUGCUGAGAAAAAUCCAAGUUAUGACCAGCAAGGAGCACUCAGUGGCAAUUCUGAAAAAAACAUCACCAUUACAUCUCAACAUCCGAACUCAACUAAAGUUUUGUGUCACAGAGGUUUAGGGUGGAUGCAUCAGGGUUCCUUCUCUGGAGAAACUGUGUCAGAGGCUGUGAUUACAACAAGUGGUCAUUCAGUAGUAGUACACACAUCUGGCCUUAACAAUGGAACGUUACUCAAGGGUGAGCAAGUUGUCAUCAUGGAAACGGUCCCUGGGCAAAGACAUGUGAUUUUAGGGGAAGCAACAACUGGACUUAAUCAAACUCUAGUUCAGAACAUUUCACCAACUCAGAACUUCAUAAUGAUGCCAGGCCAGGAUUAAAGCCAAAGAGAGUAAAUACACUGCAGAUGGGCCUUCAGAGGGUAAAUCACAGAGAAGCUGUACUUGAAGGAAGUGAACAGAAUACAGUAACACUUGUGGAGAAUCCAGGUUAAAGCCCGGGAAAAUAAGUACACUGCAGAGGGGAACAGGUGGGAUAAAACAUGAGGAGGAUGUAUUUGGAACAAGUGAACAGAAUAAAAUAACUCUUGUGGAGUGAAGCAGGUUUAUGGAGGUUCUCUUAGAACAAGUCCAGUAUCCAUGAGCCCUGUAUAGCUGCUUAGUCAUUAAAGGUCAGGGCUGGAUUUCUAAAACAUUUUUUCGACGUUCCAUAAAAGGCAGAGCAGACAUCACACUAAACACUCUCUCUACCAGUUAACACGAUCUUAACUCUGAGAUGCUUUUAGGAAACUGGACGAGGCUUGGCAGGGACCUUCUGGAGAUUAUCAAGGUUGGAGGUGGUCAAAGCUUUUAAAGAUUCUUUCAGAAAAGAUUAUUUUGAAAGGAAUUGGUUAUAUGGGAUCCUAUGAUCUUAUGUAUGUUAAGAUCGUAUAUCUUAUGUAUGGUGAAUUACAUUCUUUGUUUAUGCACUGACCGUUGUGCCUUGAAAUAUAAGAUUAUUAGGAUUAUUAUUAUUAUUUAAUUAAUAUUGUAUUUUUUUAUGCUAAUGUUAAUACUGCAAGAGUGGCAAAGCUUCCAAAUGAACAAAAUGACAUUAAUGCUUUGUAAUAUUCAUUUAAACAGUUUUCACGUAGUGUUUCCUAUUCAUACAGGCCAAAAAAGAAGGACGUGUAUCUUAAUGUUAUAAUCUUUAUAAUGUUUGUGAGAUAAUCAUGGUAAAACAUUACUUUUAAAUGGUUUGUUAAAUAUGUGGUAUUGUUUCCUAGUAAAUAGCAAUUUUGUAUUUUAGGAAGUCCAUGCUUUGCCAUUAAAUAUUUAUGCCAUUGAUGUCAUAUUCUACUGACUAUGUAAUAAUAUUCAUAAAAAUAUUCAAGGCUAAUAUUUAAGUAUCCAAAAAGGAACAAAAGAAAAUCUGUUGUAUUUGAACUUUUUUGUAUCUUUUCUUUGUUUUCUAGGUUUUUCUUACCUUAAGUAUUUUGUUUUGUAAUUGAUUUACCAAUCUUAGCAGAUGCUCUAUAACAGAACGGGAAUGCAAGCAUUCCAAUAAAACCCUAUCCCAAAGUA